AUGGAUCGUGAAUUCGAUGAAUACAUGGAGCAACAAGGCGGAUCGAGGGUUCCAAUGAUGGGGUUUGCUCCAUUUUCAGCAGCCUCGAAUGUCUUGGCUACAGGAAAUGUUCCUAUGCCGGCGGCGAACGCCAACGUUCAAGAAGAGCCGGAGGAGGUGAAGCCGAAAGCCAAGGGCACUCGCGCUGCAUAUUCUAGCGAGGAGACCGAGCUCGUGGCAAUAUUGUGGGCGGAGGCAACCCACAAUCCUAUUUUGGGGACCUCCAAAAAGUUGCUCCAAUAUUGGGGAGCAAUCGCCGAGAAGUUCAACGCGCUCAAUACUUCGGGAGCGCCGCCGCGAAAGUCGGAGCAUCUCAAGUCCCACUUCGCCCGUGUCCAAAAGGAGACAAAAUUCUUCGAGGGCUGCUACAACACGUGCAAGGAGAAUUGGGGGAGUGGUAUGAGCGACGAUCAAAUCUUCCAACAAGCCCAGACGAUGUUCGAGGCGAAUUUCAAGAAGCAAUUCUCCUACGUCAAAGCUUGGAAAGUGCUUCGUGACUGCCAAAGAUUCACGUCGCAAGCCGGGGAUGUCCACUCUGCCAAAAAGUCGAAGGGCUCCGAUGUGUAUGGUUUGGAACGUGCAGCUGUUUUGGUGAGUGAGGUGACGAGCGCAUUGAAGGAGUUAUUUAAGUUUUAUAAGGUAUCUCAUCAUGUGGCGCCCACAUCUCGACCACGAGUUAGUGCUUCUACGUCGACAUCAAUCAGAGAAAGGAGAUCAGAGCGUCGUAGUGCAAUGAGCCUUGAGGCUUUGCAAGAGAGUGAUCAAGAUUGUGAUGAUCUUGAUACAAACGAGCUCACUAUCUACCUCACUGAGAAGCAAUACAAAGUGGGUAAGAAUGAUGUCGACCAGUUUGAUAUUUUGAUGUGGUGGUCGAGCAAUACUGCACGUUAUCCUGUACUUGCUGAGAUGGCCAGAGAUAUCUUAGCCGUCCCCAUAUCUAGUGUUGCUUCGGAGUGUGCAUUUAGUAUGGGAGGACGUGUUCUAUCACCGUAUAGAAGCUCUUUGGCGCCGAAAAUGGUUGAGGCCUUGAUUUGUGCUGAGGAUUGGUUAAGAUCUACCGAUAUUGAUAAAAAAGAUGAAGAAGGCGUUCCAGAAGAAGAGCAACAGAAGGAGUUUGAAAUGGUGCUCCAUAGCUAUACUCAUGGUGAUCCGAGGACGGCACAGAGUCAGACGGAUCAAAGUGGAAGUCGUGCAACGGAGACGGAUUAGUAGUUAUGGCCCAUGAACAUC